UGUAAACCUUAAAAACCUCGGCCGUACAGCUGUAAGGCUCUCUUAGGCGUCUUUCGCAGCCUGUCUUGGCCCUCGCGAUGAAGGCGACACUGCUGCCACUACCGAUAGUUCUACUAAUACAGUCUGCAGCGUUGUGAGCUCCGUAUCGUCACAAGGAAGGCCGUGAGUCAGCGAAGAGGUGCGUCGUUUUGAACUGGCACUUUACGCAGACGACCUCUGCGGUUUGAAAAAACGGAAAGUGCUGUUGCAGACUAUUGCUUAGGCCAGUAUAAACAAGGUUAGUGUCAUAGUAUGUGUACUGUUGGUUAGGAAAUUCGUCUGGCACCCGCCGAGCUCGCAAACGCUGUAUCAUCAUCACUUUCGUAUCAAUUUUGGUCGUAUUGGCAUGUAGUUGUGCCAGCGGCGCUGCUGUUCGUACAUCCUGUUAGAAACGUGAACUAUAAAAUAGGACAUAGAAGGAAGUGCCCUCUUGUUAGGUGCGGAGGUGUAUCUCCUAGAAAAAAAAAAAGAACCUAUCUUUUAGAAGAGCUCUGUACGUGGCUGUCGAUGGUGGCUGUAUUUCCAUCGGAUAGCAUUGUCCUACAACCCGGUGGCCAUACAUCUAUGCCCGAAAGGGGAGCUGACUCGUGAAUCUAUUGCAAAAAUUUUAAGUUUUGUGGCCACAAAAGACAUUCGUAAGUUGGUUGAACUUGUCAAGUGGAAGCCUCUUGAAAAGUUGAGCUGGAUAAGAUGAGUGUGGUUAAAUGCGACGUCGAUGGACAGGGCAUGCUCCAUGGACACGAUACGGGAACUACCCCAACGAGAGUGAUCGAUUCCCGGAUGAAUCUUAAAGGCAAAGUUGCCAUGUGGCAACAGAAGGCAGAUCAACACGCCGAAAAGCAAAAGUACAACUUCUUCAGUGAAAGAAAUGGCUGCGGAGUUAAAAGGGUAAUUGACAAAAAUGAUCCGAACUAUGGACGUCCAGAGGCUGGCUCUAAAACAGAUCUUCGAGGCCAAAAGGCACAACGCGAGAUCCUUAAGGAGAUCCGCGAACUGUGCGAAAUCAUUGACGAAGUCGGAUACCAUAAAAAGGACGGAACUGUCAUAAUCGCUUUUGGACAACUCUUUGAUCUCUACACUGUAAUCUCCGAUAAGCUAGUGGGCAGUCUUCUCCGCGCACGCAAGAAAGGCCUUGUGGACUUCGAAGGCGAAAUGCUAUACCAGAGGCGAGAUGACAAUGUGCCCAUCACACUGCUAAAAACCAUGGAAGAAGUGAAUCGGUACUUCGGUUAUGAUGGACCCCGCGUUUUCCAUUUUCGACAAGACGAAGAUUAAAGGACGCAAUGGAGUGCUUUUCAAUAGAUGCCAACCACUGAUUUAACAGCCACACACAAGGCUGUUUAGCUUAAAACAGAACACGCUUUUUCGAAUAUAUACAUGAUAUUUUAGAGCACGCACAGUAUACUAUAUUAGCUGCGUAGAAUCUUCCCCAGAAGAGGCCUUCUUCUGCCGCCUUUAAUAUGCUUUGCUUGUUCAUAAUCGAAUUUAAAGAAAACUGGAAAAGAUUUGUUUGAAACAUGAAAAACAUAAGAUUGCUACUUAUUUGACAACUAAGGUUUGUCUUCGUUGAAAACACAUGGUGAAGAACAUACCUCACAGAAAAGGAAGACAGCGACGUUACUGGUCGUUUGCUUUCCCUAGCUUGACUUGAGACAAUUUUUCCGUGUACCACUUUGACACGGUUGUAUUUUUUUUACCCAUGGUAAGCUACAUUCAAGUUACUGUUCUGCUGCUAUAGGUUUAAGUAACUUGCUUAAAUUGGACCUUAUAAUUGUCGACCAGGUGUACAAUAAUACGCAUCCUUUCAGUGCUGUAUACGCUAGUAUACGCUGAAGGCAUUUAUUGUCAAAUGUAUAAAGGCAUAUUUAUAUAUGACAGAAAUGUACUUGAAUAAUAAGCCGCUAUAAUUAGUUAACUACAGAUAGAUACUAAUAUUUGCUUGUCAUUGUACAUGCAUUGCAGCAUGACGACUCUUGACUGGAAUCAUGAUUGCAGAGCUUUAGUUAGCUCUUAGUGCGCGUCAGUAUGCAAGAACAUUAAAUGUUACAUUAAAGACUUCGCGAAAAACUAAUAUUUAGCCACAUAUAAUCACGAAUUGCAAAUAUAUACUCUGUGAAGGAAAACGACUUACAAUAAUUGAAUCGUACUUAUAUUCUUUUAAAAAUAAUGGAUCAUCUCGUUUUUUAAAUCAAAAAUAGACUUUGUCAAGUGUCAGAUGUUAUAAAUUAAUAAUAAUUAUUAGCUCGAACAGAACAGCCUAGAACUACAAGUUCUAAAUGUCAAUAAUACUGCCUCUAGUAACCUAUUUUAUAAGUUUGGUUUUUCUGCUUUAUGCUAAACGCCAGACGGUUACGACAUUUAUAUUAAGACGUGCGCUCACUAUCGUAAAUUCAGGCAAAGUUGAUGACGAGUGGCUAGUGCCAGCACCUACCAGUCUAUUUGCACGUAUUAGAAUGCUAGUCGUCACUUGGAUCAUAGUGAUACAAGAUCUUGGCCGCGCCAUUGCGAGAACGUCUGUUAUUAUACGACUUGAAUGCUACACAUGAGGCACUGUGCUGGCCUACAUCAGUCGGCAAUUUGAGUCAACCGAGCCGCUUCCAAUUUUUGAAACUACUCGUGCCUGUACAUAUUCAAUAGGCCCAUUUAAGGCGCAUGCAUAAUUCCUGCCUAUAAUUUUUAAGAAGUGAAUAAAGCAUUCUAUCAAAAUAGCAACGG